AUGAGACAAAGGUAUAGGCAGAUGCUGCUUCCUCGGAUAAUCCUGUUGUUGGCUCUGUUUGAGUGCUGCCACUCAUUUCUGUCCACAAGUAGUAAAAGUGCCAGAGCACCAAGAUCAUUGCUCUACGCCGAACAACGCCCCGUGAUUGCAGUGGUGGGUGGAGAUUUGGCAGGGGUUGUGUCGGCUUGUACCAUUGCUCAACAUCAACAACAGCAGAAACACCAACCAGCCCAAGUGUGGCUCUUGACGGGACAUGCACAGAUCCUGGAGGGUUUGGUGGCUACGGCACCGAUUCUACCAGAUUUGACUCUGGAUAAUCGACAGCUGAUUGAACGAUUUGGAAGUGGAGGACGAGAGCUGGCGGGGAUUUUGGCCAAGCAAUGCACUCCUCUCAAAGCCAAGGAAUGGCUAGAAGAACAGGGGGUCGUGUUACAAGAAGCAGGCGAUGCCACUGGAACAGCGACUCUGGUGGGCGAGACAGCACUGAACGUUCAUCCAAAAUGUGAUCUGAGGCAGAAAUUAAUGGACACUUUGGACACGUGUCAGGUGAAAGUCGAGACAAAUGUUAAGGUCGCUUCUAUAUCCUACAAUAAACCUGGAUUCACUAUUACGAGAGGUGACCAAGGGUCCAACUUGGAGGUGGAUGUUGUCGUGCUGGCAGGAGAUUAUCAAGAGGUGCCCAACACUCCAAUCUAUGCCACCACUGGAAAGGGCAGCACGACUUCCGCCACAUCGUCAAAGAAAAAGACCAUCGAUCUCGACUCCCUAUUGGCGGAAAUCGAGGACGAACCAAUGUCGCUCAAGGACCAAAUGAAGCUGGAAGAGAAACGAAAAGGCGACGCCAAAAAGAAAAAGAUGGACUCGCUCAUACACGCCAGCGGUGGUAGUGCCGACAUGGAAAGUCUUUCCAAACAGGAGCAACGAACACUAGCCAAGAAACGGAAAAAGGAAGCCAAGAUUCAAAAACAGCAACUGAAGCAAUCCAAAAAGGGACCAUCCGCGGGCUCGACAAGCAGUAGGGAGCUGUCGGAUGAUAGAGACGAAUAUUCUCCUGACAAAGAAGAAGACUCCGAGGAAUUGCCCGCUAUCGACAAAACCACUCGUUCUACAGCUGCUAUCAACGCACUGGAACUGGCGACAGGGCUUGGACAUGCCACCACAAAAGAAUCUAUCGGAAUGUUCAGUUUCAUGUUCCCCACGAGGGGUAUCCUAGAGGGAUGUGCCAAGGCCAUUGUGCCCAAAGCCAGGCUGAGAUGCAGACUUGACAACAACAGCGCAAAAGGACCCAAUCGUCUUCCCAAAUGGGAGGGCCCCCUCUUGGUGUCACAAGGGGAGAUCGCUGGACCUGCCGCUUGGAGACUGUCAACUUUGAUUGCCCAGGAUAUGGCUGCGGCAGGCAAUCAAGGUACCGUUCAAAUCCACUUUGCCCCAGACAUUGGUGGCGUAGAAGAGGUCGAGGCGGCAUUGAUAGAAUCGGCCAAUCCAGUUGCUAGCGUGCUCAAAGCGCCCUGCCCUUUGUUGCAUCGAGAGAUUGAUUAUGACGAUUAUGACAUGGAAACGGGAGACUUUAAAAGUAUUGAGUUUCCGUUGGUGCCGAAGCGGCUAUGGGGCAACUUGUGCCGACAAGCAGGAAUUACCACAAACAAGCUGAAAUGGAAAGACCUGCCUCCCGCCAAUGUACAAGCUUUGGCACGUUUGUUGGUCGACAGUUCGCUGCCAAUCACAGGAAUCCGUCCACACGACAAUGUAUGGGCAGGUGGAGUAAGCUUGAAAGAUAUCAAUAUGGCUGAAUGCCAGAGUCAAAACAUCAAGGGGCUGUUCCUUUGUGGGUCUGCUAUUGACGUGCAUGGUUUCAAUGGAGGCUUCAAUGCACUUGCUUGCGUCGCUACAGGCUUUGUGGCAGCAUCUCAUAUCAUGAAGCUGGUUGGUGAAGAUGAGAAUGAAGGAGAUGGAAGCCAACAAUGA